AUGUCAUCUUAUGCAAGAUUCAUGAAAGAGCUUUUGACAAAGAAGAGAAAACUUAGUGAGGAUGAAACAGUGGAAUUAGAGGCAGGUUGCAACACUAUAAUUCAAAGAUCACUUCCGCAAAAAUCUAGCGACCCAAGGAGUUUCACCUUGCCAGUCACCAUUGGCAAUCUCUCUGUGGGGAAGGCAUGGUUGGAUUUAGGGACUAGUAUUAAUCUUAUGCCCUUAUCCAUGUUACAGAGGAUAGGAGAUGUGGAGGUGAGACCUACCAGGAUGACUCUACAGCUGGCUGACAGAUCUAUUAAGUACCCGCAUGGUAUUGUUGAAGAUCUCUUGGUUACGGUUGAUAAAUUUUUCUUUCCAGUUGAUUUUAUUGUCAUGGACAUGGAAGAGGAUUCUGAGGUUCCACUCAUUCUGGGUCGGCCAUUUAUGAAGACAGCUAAGGUCAUUAUAGAUGUUGAUGAUGGCAAACUCAAGGUCAGGGUGCAGGGUGAUGAGGUGAAUUUUAAUAUUUUUGAAGCUAUGAAACACCCAAAUGACAAGAAAGAUUUUUUUAGAGUGGAUGUGAUGGAUGAAGUGUGUUUGGAAGCUGAAAGAAAAUUUUCAUUAGCCAUACCAGUAGAGAAGGCAUUAAAUUUUGAUAUGAAAGCUGCAGGUGAAAAGAGGAAACUUCAAUUACAUGAACUUGAAGAAAUGCGUUUGCAGGCUUAUGAAUCCUCAAAAAUUUACAAGAGUAAGGUUGAGAUUAUUCCCUGGAAAGCUCAAGUCCAAAUGGUCAGGUCCCUUUGUGAUCAAAUCAGUCAAACCUUAUGGGGUAGUGGAGUUGGAAGAGCCCAAUUCUGGAAGAUUUUGGAGGUAAAUGGACAAAGAAUUAAGCCAUACCUAGGUGGUGAGGUUGAGAAACUUACCACUGUUAUUCUUCUCAAUGAUCCAUGA